AUGCAGCUGCCCCGCGCUGCGGACAUCUUCGUCUGCUUCUCCUGUGCAAAGCGCUGGGAUGGCUACCCGCUGACGCAGCCGCUCAAGGGAGGCAUAGGCUUCCGCUGCUUCUGCUGCGACAAGCACUGCUAUGGUGUGCGGUACCAGCUCGCGGAGGACUCUGGUCAUUCUGAGAGUGGAUAUCCGCAGCAGGCGGUGCAGCUUGCAGCAACAGAGACUUGCACCACCACCACCACAACCUGCACCUCAGAAGAGGCCCGACCUGAAGACCAGUCGGACAUCCCCUCCCUGGGCGCCUGGCUGGCGGUCUUGCAGCUGGAUGGAUUCCUGUCGAAGGCGAAAGAUUGGUGUGAGGAGAUGGGUGCGGCAGAGCUGGAUGAGAUCCGUGAGAACUGGGAGGACUUUGCCGAGUACCUCAACCUCUCAGAAGAGGAGAGGGAGCGCCUGGCCGAAGCGUGCCAGCCGCAGCAGCAAACUCCUCUGUCGCCCUUGCCGGCCACCAAAAGCCGAGAGUCCUUCGGUCCCGACGACGCUCCCUACACGAUGCUUGAGAAGCUGGGUCAGGGUGCCACGGCCACUGUGUAUCGCUGCAAGCGUGGCGCGGAUGAGUAUGCCGUCAAGGUCAUCGACUUGCAUCGGUUUUGCCUCCACCCGGAGUUCCAGAAGUUUCGUCAGCACAUUCGGCGGGAGAUGUCCCUGCUGCUCAUGCUGCAGCACAGGAACAUCGUGAAGCUUAUCGAUGUCUUCGAGUCCAAGGACACCUUCUUCCUGGUAAUGGAGCUCGUUCGCGGGGGCGACCUGAGCGAGUACCUGCUCAAGAAGCCGCACGGCCGACUGGAUGACAAGGAGGCCUGUCAUGUAUUCCUGCAGAUCGUGGAAGGGCUGAGCCAUAUCCACUCCAAGAACAUCGUGCACAGAGACUUGAAGCCCCAGAAUAUUCUCCUCGUGGAUGCGGCGCCAGAGCCCUCAUCCCAAUUGAAAGCAACGGCUUCUCAGGUGGAGGUGAAGCUCUCGGACUUCGGCCACUCCAAGCUCGUGCGGGACGGCUACACCUACGCACGGUCGCACGUGGGUACGCCGCAGUACCUGGCGCCGGAGGUCCUAUUACCCAACUCGGUGACCCCGGAUGUCUGCUCAAGCCAGGGGAGCUACGAUGAGAGGGCCGACGUGUGGAGCUUGGGCGUCAUCCUCUUCGUAAUGCUCACGGGCCACUACCCAUUCCGGAGCUCGGAGGAUCCCUUGUUUUGGGAAGGCCGCUUCUCCUUCCGGGGCAGUGGCCGAGCCGAAGAGUUGCUGCGCGGUCUCAUCAAGAAGAGGCCCGAGGAGCGGCUUUCUUUGGAGCAGUGCUUGAAGAGCGCAUGGGUCCUGGAUAACAGCCGCAAGGCCCCUCCGUCGCCGCAGCGGCAGCUCACGAAGAACCUGCAGGAGCUGCGGAUCAGGCUCCCACAGCCACCCAAGAACGUCUCCGAGUUCAAGACCGAGCUGGAUAGCUUCUCCCUGAAGCACAAGGUCUCAGCAUCUUUGCAGCUCCUGGAGGUGGUCGUGGCCUUUUGUGUCGAAGACCCGGGCAGUCCGCUGGAUGCGGUGUGGUCCGAGCUCUGGGAGCUCCUUCGCCAGAGUUGCCCCGAGCUGAAGUGGUCGCGGUCGCUGUUCCCGGAGUGCAAGUCGUGGUCUCUCGAUGGCCCUGCUGAUCCGAAGCUGGAGGAGGAGCAGGAGGCGCUGGAGGCCAUCUACUCUUCGGACUUCGAGGCGCUCAGCAGCUGGUCCUGGCUGGUCCACGUCGGCUGCGGCACGGCACUUCGGGUGGAGCUGCCCGCGGGAUAUCCCGCCUCGAGCCCACCCUGCGUCUGGGUGGAAUGUCCCCAUGGGAAAGCGCCCCAAGGCAUCCAAGCCAGCUUGGAAGCCUGCUGGACUGGCUCCGAGUGUGUCUAUGACAUGGUGGAGUGUCUGCGUGCUGCGGUGCUUGCAGCACAGACUGGCGAAGACCCUUUAGGCCCAGAUGUCAGCAAGCCAGCAGAGGCAGACGAGGCCCCGGUGCGCUCCGAGCCGAAGCUCCCCAUUCUGCACGGGGAGAUCUUGAUCGACAGGAAAUCCUCCUUUCAGGCACAUCUGGCCGUGGUCUCGAGCAUGCAGGAAGUCGAUUCCGUGCGAGAUGCUCUGCUUCAAGACCGCAAGAUCCUGCAGGCCACGCACAACGUCGCAGCCUGGCGAUUCCGAUACACAGAUCCAGCAGUCGUGGAGGACUUCGCCGACGAUGGUGAAGCAGGAGCUGGUCGAAGAUUGCUGGCCGUGCUCAAGAAGCGGAAGGACAUGGACAUCGUCGUCAUCGUGACCCGAUGGAGAGGCAUCAUCCAUCUUGGAGUGGACCGGUUCAGGAACUACUGCAAGGCCGCUGUGCAACUGCUGGAGCGUGACGACAGGGGACGCCAAGGGAGCAAAAAGCGAGGCCAGUAG